AUGGCACAAAACGGCAAUUCUACUAACGGCAACCCUGGCACCUCUUCUAACCCUAACCCCACUGCUCCUGCAUCCGCAACUACCGCAAGGCCUCAGCAUCGUCGAGCGCGUGCCACCACUCAGGGAAACACUGGCCGCCGACUCGAGGUCAUUGACCUCGACACCAUAAUAGCACAGGUUCCCGAUCCGUCGGCACCUCUUAACGCUAACGACGAUACGCUCGCCUACUUUGACGCCGGCGAGGUGGAGUCUGACGCCAAAGAUAACGGCGACGAUGAUGACGACACUAACCUGCCGGGCGAGAAACGCGGGUGGCAGGAUGCGGAAUUGAUGCAAUUGGCCUGGGUGCGCCACGACAAGGAUACUGAAGUGCACAGCCAGACCCGUCUGCAGGGGCAGAACAAGGACGUCACCGUGUGGGAUGAGCUCAAGCAGCGUCAUCCCACGUUUCGUCACAAGUUCGCCGCGGUCAAGGCGAAACUAUUUAGGAUGGAGGCCCACUGCCGCAAGGUGCGGGGCCUCCUGCUUGAACCGUCUGGCAAGGGACGCCCGCCGAAGAUCCCGAUCUUCUACGAUAUCUAUGAUCGGAUCUUCGGCGACCGUGCGAAUGUCCGGCCUCCGGCGAUUGCUGGGAGUCUUCCUGGCGCGAACGGCAUCGGUACUCCGCCGACUACGCCUGGCAUCGCAGAUCAGGCACCACCCAACACGACGGCGGGCAUCACCUCACCGCCUCGGCGCACAAUGGCGACACCGUCACCCUCGCCUUCUCUGCAGCGUGUGACUCCGCUCUCUCCUCCUGCGCCAUCCCCCCUCGGAAAUGCAUUGCCCGUUGCUGUUGAAGCGCCAUCGCCCCCGUCACGCAUCGUCGGUGCGCCUACGGGUCUGGGGCUGCGCGGGAGCCGCAGCAGCGUUGUCCGUCGGCCUGGGCCUGCGGCUGCGGAGGCAGAUAUGAUGGGCAUGGAGGGGGGGUCAAGGGCGUUUGGGAGUCAGAUGAAUAAUUCUGACUCGUCGCUCUGCGACGAAAUAGCAGCACACAUCGUGGGCACAGUGCAGGGUAUGAUGCGCGAGAAUUUCACAGAGUUUAUGGCGCUUACCCGAGAGCUGGUACAGUCUCCUCCGGAUGACCCAGCCACCAAGAAGCGUAAAGGUAGCCAGCCAGACGCUGACGGCGGCGGAUCGGCGUGA